GACGCGGGGAACCGGAAGUGCAGCCGGACGGUGAAGUUGACUUUCUUUCUUCUUCUCUUGUUUCUCCGAACACAAACCAGAGGAGAAGAAGAACAAGAACAAGAAGAACAAGAAGGAACACCUGAGGACCUGCAGACAGUCUCCUCUCGUCUCUCUGCUCACAGCCAUGGACCACAGCGGCAUGAACCACAGCGGCAUGGACCACAGCGGCAUGGACCACAGCGGCAUGGACCACAGCGGCAUGGACCACAGCGGCCACCACCCCUCCACCUCCACCACCCCCACCGGGGGCCACGGGGACCACGGGGGGGGGGAGGUGGGGGGCCACGGGGGCAUGGUGAUGACCUUCUACUUCGGGUACACCAACGUGGAGCUGCUGUUCACCGGCCUGCUCAUCAACUCCCCGGGAGAGAUGGUGGGGGCGUGCAUCGGAGUGUUCCUAUUGGCCGUCCUGUACGAGGGUCUGAAGAUGGGUCGAGAGACGCUGCUGCGCCGCAGUCAGGUGAACGUCCGCUACAACUCCAUGCCUCUACCUGGAGCUGAUGGGACCAUCCUGAUGGAGACGCACAAGACUGUGGGGCAGCGGAUGAUAAGCCCCGCCCACUUCCUGCAGACGCUGCUCCACAUCGUGCAGGUGGUCGUCAGCUACCUCCUGAUGCUCGUCUUCAUGACCUACAACGCGUACCUGUGCAUCGCCGUGGCAGCCGGCGCUGGGAUGGGGUACUUCCUGUUCAGCUGGAGGAAGGCAGUGGUCGUCGACAUCACCGAGCACUGCCACUAGCUAGCGUGGCUAGUUAGCGUGCUAGUUAGUAUCCGGUCGAUCUGGAGUUUGAUAUUUGCGGAACACAAUCGAGGAAACGCCUAACACAUUAGACAAGUGUUAGCAUGCUAGCCGACUGAACUACAAAUCCCAGAUUGUUAGAAACGAGACACUAAGUCCCAGGUAACCAUGGUAACACUUUGAUGUAGGUUAGCGUGCACACUAACGUCUUUAGUUAGCGGUUAAUUAAUCUGACUAUCUGCGAUGUAUUUCCUGUUUGGUUGUGAGCUCCAAUCACAGCUCGGAUCACAGAGGAAGGCUCUGAUUGGCCGAUCCUCAUUCUGUUGUUAAUUUCCUGUUUGGUGCCAUGACAACUGGAAAGGCUAGUGCUAAUGUUAGCAGUCGUAGCUUACCUUAUUUACACUUUAGUUAGCACUGUUAGCGGCCACAUGUCGCAUUUAAACAUUUCUGUCGAAAAUAAUUUAUAGAGUUUUUACACAUUUUUUAUUUAGAUUUAAAUGAAAAUAUUAAAUGUCUGAUUUUUGUUGAAGUGAAAACAAACAAACCGUCUCCUAUUGGUCCGCCAGCCAGCCAAUCACUAUGAUUUUUUAAAAGUAUAAAUAUUUUUUAUUAAAAACAUCAUGAAACUUUAAAACUUGAAUUGAAAUCUCAUGAAUUAAUUAUUCACUGAGUCCUUUUUUCAAACCAGAGUUUAGUUUCACGUGUUUCCUCCGUCGGCCUUAAACCGACACGCCGUGCGGUGCCUUAAGGGGCCGGGGACCUGCUGUUUCACUGUGGGGGGUCUGAAGGAGUCUGAGGGGGGGUCUGAGGGGGGGGUCUGAAGGGGUUUGUUGGAAACAGGACCGGUUUCUACCCACAAUGCUUUACUCCUGUCUGUGAUUUAUUGUGAUUAUUGUGAUGAGUCACACUGAGGGGGGCGGGGCUUACAGCUGGACCAAUCAGGCUGCAGGGACAGAUCGUGGUUACUGGACUUUACACAUAUAUAUAUAAAUGGUUAGUGUGGAGCGGCCCUUUGGGGUGUGAACCCGUCUCUGAAGGAAAAUGAUCAAUAUUUAAAUGUCUGAAAUGUUUUAAUUGUCACAAAUGCUGGAAUCAUUGAAAACAAACAGAAUAAAGUUUAUGAAGAAACAA